UGUUUUGGAUUCUUUUCCUCGUGCGUGGCUAAUAUGUGUGCGUGUGUGUGUAUCUGUACCGCUCAAUCUCGGUACGCAAUACGGGUGGCGCAAAUACGCAUCAACAAAUCAUGCACACGCACACGCUCUAUCGUUCUGUGCGUAUCGUAAACAAUAGUGCAAGAUCGACACCUCCACAACGGUUUUGUUGGCAAUAGUGGUAGUGGUGGUGGUGGUGGUAGUGCAUAUUAGUAAGAUUAGGAUGCACCGUGCAGCAAAUUCCGAUGACCUUCAGCAUCCCGCGAACAGUUUCCACGCACACACGCACACACCCUUACCGCUUACGUAGGGGGUGGAAGGCGCAGAUACCGUACUCGACUGAUUGUGUGAGUAAAGCAUCAAAACAAGUGUUAAACAACAGUGCACAUUACUAAAGUUACAGCAACGAUGUCAACCGAACCGGAGACUAAGCGACCCAAGCUGAUGGUAGAAAGUGUUGAAACACCGUCCAAAAUACGAUCGAUUCUGGGGGACGAAUUUACGCAACCAACACCAGUGAUCGAGGUUUACAUCGGGCGUGUGGCAGAAAAUCGACAGCUCUCCCAGCUGGUACCGGCCCUGGCACGCAUUCUUCCCAUCGGUACGCUGCAGCAUCUGAAGCGAGUAAAUCGCGAUGGAACGAUCAUCUUGGCGCCGGUUGCUCAGUUGCUGGAGAAGCUACCGGUAGAGUCUGCGGAGUGUGAAGAGGAGCAAGCAAAUUCUAUCGAAUCAUGCCUCUCAAGGUUCCUGCUCUCCGAAGGCAUUGAUCGUACCAUUGUCGAUGGACUUUGCGAGCAGCGGUUGAAGGUCAUGCCGGUGCCCGCCACCCAGCCACUGCUCCGGUGGCAGUAUGAGGCAGCAAAUAAGCUCUGGCCGUGCAAAUUCCAUCCCAAUCGGCACCACGAAGCACUGUACGCGGACACGCUGUUCGGGGCGCAGGAAGCCGUGGCCCACCGCAGGUUCAUGGAGAUCUGUCUGCAGCUGUCGGCGCACUACGAAAGCCGACCGUACGGGGUGUGCGUUCAUCCUCGGCCUGCUGGCAGCCGAAUAGUGGCCAUCGCUGGGGGUAACAGCGACCGUCAUCCGAUCUGGCACUGCCCAAUGGUGCUGAUCGAUAUGGUUGCCGUAUCGCAGAACGGGGGCAUAUGGCACCGAAAGCAGGACGACGAGCAAAGCGUUGACAUGCUGGCGGAGGACGGGUUCCAACUCGGUGGAAUUGACCCACAGUAUAGGCGCUUCGUUCGCGAGCGCUACGGUGACACGGUUUGCCUUGGUGCGGAACCGACGCGAACCGGAACGGCAGCAGAGGUAGAAGCGGCAGUCGCUGCGGACGAUAAUCUUGCCAAAUACGGCCCCUAUCUCUGCACCGGGUAUGACGUGUACCUGACGCACGAACCCUGCAUAAUGUGCGCGAUGGCCCUGGUGCACAGCCGCGUCCGGCGCGUAUUCUUUCACCGGCCGACACCGGGACGCGGCGCACUGGGGACGCUGGUGAAGCUGCACGCAGUGAAGGAGCUGAACCAUCACUACGAGGUGUUCCGGAUUGUUUAAUGGGUCUGAUACCGCGGGACCAGAAAUUGGCAGAAAAAUACACAAAGAGGAAAUAAAGAAAGAAAGAAGAAAAAAACAGAACCCCAAAAAAGUUGUUUGUUGCUUUGUUCGAACCACGCUUAACCUUGUGAUCUCUCUCGCCUCCGCACGAUCGCUCAGAUGAUCUCUUCGUCGAUCGAAUGGAAUGAUCUUUGCAGUUUCUGAACCUGUUUGCGCGGGGAUUUUUCUGAGCGUAAUGACAGUCGCG